AUGUUGACUUUGAAAAAUCAGUUUUACGAUACACCAGCUGCAGGAUGGCUAAGGGAAAAAUCAGAAGAUGAUGUGAGGCAUUCUUCUUCACUAGAACUAGUGAAUGAAGAGACCGAAGAAGAGUCGAAUAUCGAGAAUCCGUCCACUGCGCUGGAAUCGUCGCAAAUCGAGUUGGACUUGGAAAAUCUUGAGAGUCAAGAAAGGAAUGGUUAG